AUGUCGCCUAGUGUGACUUGGGGGAGACGGAAGUGUAUGAGGUGCGCGAAGGUCGAUUUAAAUGGCGAAAUCACCACCAUCGAACGUCAUUCGUCAGUUUCGCUGGUUGAGAAUGGUUUGAUCGGACGUCUGAGAUCGUCGGAACCGAAAAUACGGACGUAUAGUUUUGAUCUUUCGCCGGCGCCGAAGGAUGUUGGUCGGAAAUAUGGUAGUGGACAGGACGGGUUAGAGGCGGUGCGAGGGAAACUGAUGUCGGAUUUAAGGAAUGAAGCGGAUAAGAUGAAAGAUGCAAUUAAGAAGGUGAAAUUCGUGGUAGAGCCGCCAGUUGCUGUGGUCGCAGCGGAGGCCGAUACAGUAAGGCCUUGGAACUUGAGGAAGAGAAGAGCAGCGCGUACGUCUCCGAACGAUGGCGAAGUCAGUCCUGCAGAGAAUAGAGAAAAGGCGCAGUUCUCGUUAUCUCUUUCGCGGAGAGAGAUUGAGGAGGAUUUGAUGAUGAUGAUGAUGGGACACAAGCCGUCUCAGAGACCAAAGAGAAGACCCAACUCUGUGCAAACAAAAGUAGAUCAUGCUUUUCCAGGAUUGUGGUUGAAGGAGAUUGAUGCUAAAUCUUUGCAAAGUUCCUGA